GGUCCCAGUCACGAUCAGGUUUACACCCAAAACCGGGCACAUGCGCCCGCACAGGAGAAAGGCACAUGAAGGGCGCCGUCCAUCCCAUACUGCCACCGUUCCCUGGAUGCCACUCUCAUUACUCUUUCCCCUUGUACGGGCUGGUCCAAAACCUGGUCGCCUAGUCUUUCGAUCGAAGGCUGCCUCAGGCUUCACAGAAGAGCAAGAUAGUGCGACGCAUGUUUCAACGAACACAUCGUUCAGGUUUACUUGCAAAGCACGGGGAGAAUGAGCGGUCGGAGGGCAGUUCGAGGUUGGGAGAGACGGAAGUGUGGCCAAUGAGAUGCAACCGAGGGAAGGGGGUGGAGAAAGACGUGGAGUGAAGAGGAGCAGGGGCUUGCGAGAGAGACAAUGGCAGUUUUGGAGAUGCAGCAGGUUUAGGGUUUCGUGGGGGGAGGAAAAAAGUCACCGUUUAUGAGCGGCGGAGCGAGGAGACUGGCAUCGGUGGACGGGGGAGUUGGUGGUCGCCAUCGUUGUAUGAAUCGAUGGGUGACUACAUGCCUAUGUCGCAGGAUUUGCAAGCGCAGCAUGCUGCUCGGCGGUGGACCUCGUUCUUACCCGCGGCGAUGCACGAUGCAGAGGCGCCUCGAGAUGAUGCGUUGGGUGGGGUGUACCAGAGGAGCCACAGCUUUUAGGGGUCGGGUUUAGGGUUGCACGCAUUCAACAAUUUCUUUUGGAGCCCGCCGAGGUUGUCGAUGUCCAAGGGUGAGUUUUCGGGGUUUUCGAUGGCAAACGAGGAGUCGCGGAUCGAGGCGGGGAGCGGUGAAGGGAGCUUUUAUGAGGAGGCAGGAAGGGAGCAAGUCGAACGGACAUGCGAGGGUUGAAGUUGGGAUCGGCGUCACUGCUCGGGGCCGAGGGACCUGGUCGCUAGGAUCACAGACAUUUUUUGAUGCGUCGUUCAAUAAUUUUGUGUCAUCGAACAAUGAGGACAAGGAGGCGUGGGUAGUGAUAGACAUGUACGGGUGCAAUGAGUUCCGGAUGUUGGAAUUCUAGGUGAGGCGAUGUAUGAGAGGGAGGAGCCAUGAUUGGACGGAAGGCCCAUUUGCCCACCCGGGCGAGAAAGCUAGGCGUUGCAAUCCGCGGCGGUACGAGGACUCGGGGACAGCGUGUAGGGAGUUUCGAAAAAGGGAGCUCUCGGAGAGGCGAUGCGUGCGAGUUUGGGUGCAUUUAAGUAUUGAGUAUUGGCUGCAUUUGGCUGGGUACUUGGACGCAGCCGUGCAAGGAUGGGCAGAAUUAGCAUCGUCGAGUGUGGUUUUUGGUGCAUACGUCGGAGCAGCUGCGGUGGAUGCCUACGGCAGCACAGGAGGCACAGGAAGCGACGACAAGAGAUCGGAGCACAAGGCGUGAGGAAGGUUUGCCUCGAGCCAGUGCACCGGGGAGCUACGAUCGAGCGUCGAGAAUCUGUAAUGUGAGUAUAGGCGACACUGCAGUAAGCGGCGUAGUCUCGAAGGCUGCACUCACGGAUGCAUCAGGGGUAGGCACCUUGGUCGCCUGCGGGAGUCUUGCAGAAGUCGAAGAUGGAGCUGAUAUUGACUCCGUCAACGAUGAUCCUGAUGGAAGGAGAGCCGGUGGUGCAGCAGGUGGAGAGCGGGCAAAGACAUAGGGGCGAGAAGCCCGAAGGAUUCUCUAGACCUGGACUAGGUGAACUACUUAUCUAUGGGGGAUUGCUUUGAGUAAGCAGUGUUCUGUACGUAUUUAGACUCCAUACACAGUUGUUUGAUGAGAAAAAAUAUGCAAGUGAGAACUGUAAUCAGGGUGUGGAGACCCUAAUUAGGGUUUUCAAAUCCUAAAUUACAGAAAACGAAACAUAUUUUUCUGAAAAACAAAAACAUUUGUAGAGGUCUUGGGAUGAUUCUAAGCCUUGGCAAAAUCUUAAAACAGAAAAAGCUGUGAUAUAUAAAGAGAUAUUGAGGAUGGAAAACCUCUAGGACACCCAUGUAACCCUAAACCCUAAACCCUAAACCCUAAACCCCAAAAAACCUUGUAUGACAAAAGUCAAAACCCUAAACUCCAAGUCAAAGUAGCUAAAUCUUCCAAACUAUAAACUUGUAUAGGAAAAGAAUUAUACCAUUGACAUCCUAGA